GCAUUGCGUAACGAAGCAAAGCCAUCCACGUGAAUGGUGGUAAAGUGAGGUGACCGGCGGCCUAAUAAUCUCGGAUCCAUAAUCUGUCCUUCCUGCCUUACGAAUCCAAAAUAAGGACAUCACAUUGACAACUAGGUCCUUAUACGCAAAAAUCAAACUAAGAUAUUUUGAGGAAUCUUAGUGGCUAUUUCUCAAAAUGCCAGUGGCUGAUUCCAACGGAGCAGACCCAGAACUUGUCUGUCCACAUUUGCGUAAACUAGCGCAGGAAAGAUCUGAAUCCGAAAUCCAAGAGGCGACGAAAACCGACGAAAAGCAAACACCAACGGAACAGGACACCAAAAAGUCUGAGGAGAACGCUGAAAACAAAGAUGAUUCUCAAAACAUUCCUCUGGGUACUGUGACUCUGCAAUUUUUGAUUCCCGGUACUAGCGAACCCGUGCAAGCGACAUUCUCACUGCAAGAUAAUGUCCAGGAUAUGCGACAGAUCGUUCUGGAUCGGCCGGAGAGCUGCUUUAGAACCUGCUUUGCUCUGCUACUUGAUGGAACCCGACUGGAUGAUUUUGCAGAACUUCAUCUCAUUGAGGGACUUACUGAUAAUGCAACUAUCAAAGUUGUUGAAGAGCCGUACACAGUAAGAGAAGCUCGGAUUCACUUCAGGAGGCUAAAGGACUUGCUAAGCACAACCUUUCAAGCUAGUGCCUACUCUGCUAUAGAUAAUCUGUCUCUGUCAUUCCUGUCUGCUGUGACUGGAAUAGAUGUAGAAGAAGAGGCAGUCAAGGCCAAGGGUAAUCAAGGCACUGUGUCGACAGAGGACUGUACUCCGCCCUUGCAGGUGUUUGGGUCGGAUGAGCUGCUCCCUCUGCUUGAGCCUCUCUAUCCGCGCAACUCAGAGCCCAAGGUCCCGAAGUGCCUCAAGACCCUCUCCCCCAGCAACUGGAAUCCACCUCCAGGAUACAGGAAGCUUGCAGGUGAUUUGCUGUAUAUAGAUGUUGUAACCCUAGAAGACACACAUGUUAACAUCACUGCAUCAACAUCUGGAUUCUUUAUUAACAAGACGCGUGACGGGGUAUUCAACCCUCAGCCACAUGGGGAACCUUGCCGAUCACAUACUCUGGUUGGACUGUUAAAUCAGCUCAGCCCCUUGUUCAGGAAGAACUUUGUCCUACUGCAGAAGACAAGUCUGAAAAGGCACCCGCUUGAGGUCAUCCCAACCCCGUUCCAAGUGUUUCCCUGGGUGAUACCAAAAGUUGAGCAUACUGCAGAUACUCUUAGAGCUGAAGAUGCUGCCGCUGUCAGGAUUGGAUAUGAGGAACAUAUGCCUGGCCAGUUGCGUGACUGGAAUGAGGAACUUCAGUCUGCAAGGGAGCUUCCUAGGGAUAACAUUCAACAGAGAUUGCUCAGAGAUAGGGCUAUCUUCAAGAUUACAAGUGAUUUUGUGUCAGCGGCUACCAAGGGUGCCAUGGCGGUUGUGGAUGGAAACGUGAUGGCAAUCAAUCCUGGAGAAGAUGAAAAGAAAAGGAUGUUUUUAUGGAACAACAUCUUUUUCAGCUUUGCUUUUGACAGCAGAGAUCACUACAAUGAGCUAGGAGGUGAUGAUGCAGCCCAUGCCGCAACGAAUGGCGAUUUGAUGGGUGUAGUUGCAUAUAAUCGGGCUGAUGUCAAGGGAUUGUUCACCCUUGGCACUGUCUUGGUAGACUACAGAGGAUACAGGGUCAUCGCCCAGUCCAUUAUUCCUGGAAUUCUUCAAAGGGAACAGGAGCAGUCUGUGGUUUAUGGUUCUAUUGAUUCUGGCAAGACUACAGCUACACAUGAUAAAUUCCUAGAACUGCUUGAAGCAGCUGGGAAGACUUUAAGAAUACGACCCCACAAGGUGACAAACUCUGAUGGCACAGAUGUCAUCCUCUGCUCUUCAGUGGAGUGCAAGGGUAUCAUUGGUGCUGAUGGAAGACAUUACAUCCUUGACCUUUUCAGGACUUUUCCUCCUGAUGUCAACUUCCUGGGCUCUGAAGAAAAGGACCCCAAAUCAGUUUAUCCACGAAGUUUCAAGCAUAAACUCUGUUGUCUUCGGCCAGAACUUGUUGAAUCUUUCUUGACAUACUGUUAUGUGUUAUUUCUCAAGCUUAUUGCAAUGCAUGUGCAGUCUGCAAAGCAAAAACAAGCACAGAGUUCAAGUGAAGAAAAGGCAAAGGAAAAUGGAGAGAAGAGCACAAAAGAGAAUGAAGAAACAGCAGAAGAGAAAGCAAAAGAAUGCCUGACAAGCAAGACAGAGGAGAAGGCUGAGCAGCAGGCAGAAACAAAUGGGGAGGAUGCAGCCAUAAAGAGUGAAGGUGAAGCUAAGGCACCACAGGAAAAUGGUGGCAACACAGCUGGCAAAACAAACAAGACUGACACAUCAGAAAACAAAGCGACUGCCUCUUUGUUAGGCAAGGAUACAUCUCUGGAAGCUUUCAGAGCUGCUGCUAAAGCUGUUGGUUCAUUGUCAGAAACAGAAUUCGAAGUAAAAUUUAACCCAGAUGUGCACACUCCAGGUGUUACGCAUUCAUCUUCUGAGGAGGAGACUAUGUUAGUUGAUAAACAGCUUGUGAAGGAUGCUUCAAAUUUCCUCAUUGAUACUGUUGUCAUUAAGAUGAUUGAAGACUUUAUCUCUCUAACCCAGACCCCUUUAGAUGGCUCACAGCUCACUGAAAUCAUGCACAGCAGGGGAAUCAACCUUCGAUACCUCGGCACAGUAGCUGCCAUUGUGUCUACUAGGAGUGAUCUAGAGCACGUCCAUAAACUAUGCAUUAGUGAAAUGAUCAUACGCACAGCCAAACAGCUGUUCCGAGUACACAUGCAAGGGGCAUCUUUACGCACCUUGUCGACAGCUGUCAGCCACUUUCUUAACUGUUUGCUGAGCUCAUAUUCUACACCACAACCACAACUUCCAAUUGAAGAGGUUGUAAGCAAGAAGAAGAAAAGCAAGAAGAAGUCAAAACAUGUACAUGCCAACGGAGCUAAUAUUACAGCGUGGGCAACACUGACACCCGAGGAGCUCUGGAAGACCAUCAUUGAAGAUGUGAACACUAAUUUUGCAUACCAGAUUGAAGGAGACAACUGUGAUGGAGUCUUUGAGAGGUACUCAAUACAGAGGAUAUCAGUUCUUCGUUCGUUCUGUAUCAGAAAUGGUAUUCAGAUUCUCCUCCGUGAGUACGACUUUGAAAGCAAGAAACAUGCCACAUUCAGGGAUGAGGACAUCAUGAACUUAUGCCCUGUUGUUAAACACACCAACCCCAAGACAUUUGAUGCUGCGGCAGUGUUUGAGGCAGCUCAACAAAGACUACAGGCUGGAUUCCUUGGUGAAGCACAUGAGUUGAUGCUGGAGUCUUUGAAUCUGUUCCACCAAGUGUAUGGACCGCUCCACCCAGACAUUGCAACUUGCUACAGGGCAAUUGCAAGAGUUCAUUACCUCGCUGAUGAUGCUGCACAGGCUGUUGGGUACCAGAAGAAGGCAGUGCUUGUCUGUGAGCGAGUGUUGGGAGUUGACCACCCGGAGACCAUCAUUGCUUUUGUGCACCUUGCUCUGUACUGUCACAGUGCAGGGCUGGCGUCGGUCGCCCUGAAGCUGAUGUACCGUGCACGCUACCUUGCCCUGCUAGUCUUUGGGGAGGGACACCCAGACAUGUCGACGUUUGAUAGCAACAUCGGACUCAUCUUGCAUGGACAGCGAGAAUUCAAGAUCUCUGAGAAGUUCAUGGAGAAAGCACUUAACGUCCAACUGAAGUAUCACGGAAACAACAGCACACAAACCGCAAUGAGCUAUCAUCUCCUUGCCCGUGCUAAGGCGUGCGUCAACGACUUCCGAGCCGCUCUGAUGAAUGAGAAGUCUGCCUACUCGGUGUAUAAGGAUAAGUUUGGUGAAGAGGACCCGCGAACGAAAGAGAGCUCAGAUUUCCUAGGGCAGUGUACCAGACAGGCCGUACUUAUGCAGAAAAGGUUAAAUGAAUUUGCUAGCAAGGUAGCCAAGGAUGCAGAGAACAAAAGGGCUGCGGGCGAGGCACCAGACCAAGUGGACAUCUCUCAGCUCAUGGGUCUGAUCACGGGGCUGAAGCAAGACCCUGCCGCCUCACCAGACAAGUCGAAGGAAGUCGAGGGCGCUUCCAUCCAAGAAGUCAGUUGAUAUUCGUCACGUCGUCUGUUCCAUAAAUCGAGUGGAGCUCGCACGGACCGGGUGCAAUAUGAGGGGAACGGCUUACAAGGAAGCUUGCAAACCUUCACGGGUAUCAUAACCCUUUGGAUGCUCGGGAAUGAGGCGCACUACAACUGAUUGGUGUAAUAGUGUGAAUUAAGUUGUAAUGAACGGUGUUUGCAUAUAUAUGGUUCUUGCUAAGGGAAACGCAUUUAGGGACUCUGGUGUGAUUUAGCAUCGUAUAGCCGUUUCAACAUUGGCGAAACGACUUAUGUGAUAUAUUUUGUUAGCCUUCACAAUCUUUUGCAAAUGAGAUCCGCUUGAAAAAUAAUUACUAAUGUUCUAAAUAACUGGUUCUUAAUUACUUACUUUUGACCGAUUUUCACUUGUUUUGCGUUUGGGUCCUAGUGAAAACCAGGUUAUUUAAAAAAUUGUCGCUACACUUUAAAAAUGAUAACUAAAGUAGGUAACUAAUUGUUUGUUAGGGACACCAAUCUAUUUUAUUAUUUUUUUGGCUACUAAUGUACAUUUAAUGUUUUUUUAAACAAUCAUAAUUUGUCCAGAAGAAAGCAAAAAAAUUAUAUCACGCAAGUCGAAGGCGGUCCAACGACUGGAGUAAGCAGACGCUUGACAUCACCGACAGAAAUGAACACGAAAGUCUAGGGUAUUUCUCAAAACACGUUGCAUGUUAACAACGUAUCAAUCCUUUCUAAAACUAUCUACACACGUUAUCGUAGAACCCGCUUUGUAACUUAUUUCAAGAAAUUGGUGACUUAAUUAAAUCAAAAGGUUACAAAUAAAAGAUAAUUUUCGGUUA